GUGGAAGGUGUCGCCUGCUUCGGCUGAGUAAGGGUGGCUGGCAGAGCCGGCAGCCCCCGCCCUGGGCCUGGCUCUUCCCGGCCUCUGUACUUUGCCCUCGCUGCCUGACAGGUUCUGCUGUGGGCUCCGCUGAAUGGAAGCUGCCGGUAGUCCUUGUCCCUUUCUCCAGCCGGCCCACCUUGGGACACCUUGACCCCAAGCCCAGCAGUAAGUCCAACAUGCUGCGGGGCCGCAACUCAGCCGCCUCUGCUGACGAGCAGCCCCACAUCGGCAACUACCGGCUCCUUAAGACCAUCGGCAAGGGCAACUUCGCCAAGGUGAAGCUGGCCCGGCACAUCCUGACCGGGAAGGAGGUAGCUGUGAAGAUCAUUGACAAGACUCAACUGAACUCCUCCAGCCUCCAGAAACUAUUCCGCGAAGUAAGAAUAAUGAAGGUUUUGAAUCAUCCCAACAUAGUUAAGUUAUUUGAAGUGAUCGAGACUGAAAAAACUCUCUACCUUGUCAUGGAGUACGCUAGCGGAGGAGAGGUGUUUGAUUACCUGGUGGCUCAUGGCAGGAUGAAAGAAAAAGAGGCUCGAGCCAAAUUCCGCCAGAUAGUGUCUGCUGUGCAGUACUGUCACCAGAAGUUUAUUGUUCAUAGAGACUUAAAGGCGGAAAACCUGCUCUUGGAUGCUGAUAUGAACAUCAAGAUUGCAGACUUCGGCUUCAGCAACGAAUUCACCUUUGGGAACAAGCUGGAUACCUUCUGCGGCAGUCCCCCGUAUGCUGCCCCAGAGCUCUUCCAGGGCAAAAAGUAUGACGGACCCGAGGUGGAUGUGUGGAGCCUGGGAGUUAUCCUGUAUACACUGGUCAGCGGGUCCCUGCCUUUUGAUGGACAGAACCUCAAGGAGCUACGGGAGCGGGUACUGAGGGGAAAAUACCGCAUUCCGUUCUACAUGUCCACGGACUGUGAAAACCUGCUUAAGAAAUUUCUCAUUCUCAAUCCCAGCAAGAGAGGCACUUUAGAGCAAAUCAUGAAAGAUCGAUGGAUGAAUGUGGGUCACGAAGAUGACGAAUUAAAGCCUUAUGUGGAGCCACUCCCUGACUACAAGGACCCCCGGCGGACAGAAUUGAUGGUGUCCAUGGGUUACACACGGGAAGAGAUCCAGGACUCACUGGUGGGCCAGAGGUACAACGAAGUGAUGGCCACCUAUCUGCUCCUGGGCUACAAGAGCUCUGAGCUGGAGGGUGACACCAUCACCUUGAAGCCCCGGCCUUCAGCUGAUCUGACCAAUAGCAAUGCCCCUUCCCCCUCCCACAAGGUACAGCGUAGCGUCUCGGCCAACCCCAAGCAGCGGCGCUUCAGUGACCAGGCUGGUCCUGCCAUUCCCACGUCCAAUUCCUACUCUAAGAAGACUCAGAGUAAUAACGCAGAAAAUAAGCGGCCUGAGGACGACCGGGAGUCAGGGCGGAAGGCCAGCAGCACAGCCAAAGUGCCCGCCAGCCCCUUGCCCGGCCUGGAGAGGAAGAAGACCACCCCCACCCCUUCCACGAACAGCGUCCUCUCCACCAGCACAAACCGAAGCAGGAAUUCCCCCCUUUUGGAGAGGGCCAGCCUUGGCCAGGCCUCCAUCCAGAAUGGCAAAGACAGCCUAACCAUGCCAGGGUCCCGGGCCUCCACGGCUUCUGCUUCCGCCGCAGUCUCUGCGGCCCGGCCCCGCCAGCACCAGAAAUCCAUGUCGGCCUCCGUGCACCCCAACAAGGCCACUGGGCUGCCCCCCACGGACAGUAACUGUGAGGUGCCGCGGCCCAGCACGGCCCCCCAGCGUGUCCCUGUCGCCUCCCCCUCCGCCCACAACAUCAGCAGCAGUGGUGGAGCCCCAGACCGAACUAAUUUCCCCCGGGGCGUGUCCAGUCGAAGCACCUUCCACGCUGGGCAGCUCCGGCAGGUGCGGGACCAGCAGAAUUUGCCCUACGGUGUGACCCCAGCGUCUCCCUCUGGCAACAGCCAGGGCCGGCGGGGGGCCUCGGGGAGCAUCUUCAGCAAAUUCACUUCCAAGUUUGUACGCAGAAAUCUGUCUUUCAGGUUUGCCAGAAGGAACCUGAAUGAACCUGAGAGCAAAGACCGAGUGGAGACGCUCAGACCUCACGUGGUGGGCGGCGGAGGCACUGACAAAGAAAAGGAGGAGUUUCGGGAGGCCAAGCCGCGCUCGCUACGCUUCACGUGGAGUAUGAAGACCACGAGCUCCAUGGAGCCCAAUGAGAUGAUGCGGGAGAUCCGCAAGGUGCUGGACGCAAACAGCUGCCAGAGCGAGCUGCACGAGAAGUACAUGCUGCUGUGCAUGCACGGCACGCCGGGCCACGAGAACUUCGUGCAGUGGGAGAUGGAGGUGUGCAAACUGCCGCGGCUGUCUCUCAACGGCGUGCGAUUUAAGCGGAUAUCGGGCACCUCCAUGGCCUUCAAAAACAUUGCCUCCAAAAUAGCCAACGAGCUCAAGCUUUAACAGGCUGCCGGGAGUGGGGGGCGACGGAGGCGGGCCAGCUGGACGUAGCUGCUGGGGCCGGGCUCCGACCCACCUGGGCGAGACUGCAGAGAUGGAUUGGUCUGUCUCCCCCUGCUGGCGCUUCUCCCCUCCCGCCCUCCUUGGUUGGUUUUUUUUUUCUUCUUCCAUGUUUGGGGGGGGACGGGAGACGGUUCUUGCCCCCCAACAUUUGCCCCUGCCCAGAAAGUCCCCCCCUUCCCCCCUCUCCCCCACAGGAGGCCAAGGAAGGGGGGGGAGGGGUGGGGGGGCGGGGCUCCCCCUCGGUACUGCGGUUGCACAGAGUAUUUCGCCUAAACCAAGAAAUUUUUUAUUACCAAAAAGAAAAAAGAAAAAAAAAAAAUCCCAGCGGCCACCUUUCCUCCCCGCCCCAUCGGGACAGUUGAGACUGGAUCUGUGGGGUUUCCCGGGAGGGUGGCUCAGGGCUGGAACACUCUCAGGCAAGAGUGGUGGAGCUCCCCGUCAGGCCCUCCGCCAGGCCCACUUUGGGCUUCUCCCCUCUCCUUCCCUCCUUCCCCUCCAAGCAAACCACCAGAGGUGGCCUUCCCCUGACCUCGGGCCCCAGGGCUGGAGGCCCGGACGGCCGGGCCGGGGACCGGGGGGCUGGGGGCGGGGCGCUGCGCAGCCCUGAAGUUGGGGGGUGGGGGGCGGCGGCAGCUCCGGGCUGGCAGGCGCGGCCCGGGGCCCCGGCCCCCUCCACACUGUAUCCUCUGCCCCUCCUUCCCCAGAGCCGGGCAUUUCCUUCCACAAGCUGCUGUGGGGACUUUUGUUCCCCUCCUCAAAAGUCUGUGCCAUCUUCUCCCACCCCUCCUGGGUAGAAGGCGGGGCUGACCCCGGGGCCGGGAGAGGGGAGGGGACUGCAGGGCAGAUGGGCUCCUCGGCCCCCAGGGGGCCGCCUGGGCUGCUAGUCUCCGGAACAGGGAUGCUGGGCACUCUCCGUCAGGGGGAGAGCCUUUGUCUGAAAGCACAGCCCCUCGCCGUUCCUCUCCCCUGCCCCUUCAUUGGCAUUAAUCUGGGCACCAGCUAGUUCCAUAGCAGUGACUCCCCCCUCACCACUCAUCUCGGCCUUGCCUUUUCUUCCUGACACUGUCGCCCCUCCUCUCAGGAGACACUGCCCAGGGCCUCCACAGGCCCGCUGGCAGGAGGCUGGAUAGGGCAGCAGGGCCGGGAGCAUCUGCCCUCCAGGGGGUGGGGGGACAGACAGGCCUAGUGACUCCCAGCUUG